AUGUCGUACCAUGACUUCGAAGCCGGUAACAUUGUCGACGAUGGUCGCUCGGGCAUGAUCAUGACUCUGACCAGAUGGCAGUUCGGGGUCAACAUCACUCUUCUGCCAACCAUGGUACCCCCGGACUACGGGGCGUACAUCAAAGUCGUCGUGGAAGAAGGGAUCCGCGUCGUCGAAACCGCGGGCAACAGUCCCGCAACCGUCAUCAAUGCCCUCAAGGCCGCCAACAUCAUCGUCAUCCACAAAUGUACCACGAUCCGACACGCCCUGUCCGCGGUCAAGCUCAACGUGGAUUUUCUCUCCAUCGACGGGUUCGAGUGUGCCGGCCACGUGGGAGAGUCGGACAUUACCAAUUUCAUCCUGCUCAGUCGGUCUCGACAGACCAUCAAGACCCCCUUUCUCGCGUCCGGGGGUUUCGCCGACGGCCAGGGUCUGGUCGCCGCCAUGGCGUUGGGAGCAGUGGGGAUCAACAUGGGUACUAGGUUUAUGUGCACCCUGGAAGCGCCGGUGCACACGAAUGUCAAAAAGGCCAUUUGUGCCGGGUCGGAGCACGACACGGAGCUCGUCAUGCGCAGGUGGACCAACACCUCUCGGCUGUACAGCAACAAAGUGUCCAGAGAAGCGAGGGAGAUUGAAAAAAACAGUCCGACGGGCAAAUUUGAAGAGAUCGCUCCACUGGUCAGCGGCAAGCGGGGACGCGAGGUCUUCCUCAACGGCGAUAUUGACUUCGGGGUCUGGACCGCCGGCCAAGUCAUGGGAAUCAUCAAUGAUAUCCCUUCGUGCGAGGCGUUGCUGAGACGGAUCGAGAGAGAGGCCGAGGAAAGCCUUCAUCGGAUCGCUGCCAUGGUCCAAGUCCAAGACUGCCCGUUAGGCGACAAGCACGAUGCGUCUGCUACAGGCACGAUGGUUAGUAAACUGUGA